GUCAUUAGCAUGCGCCUGAACAGUAUUGAAAACACAUGAGACAACAUGGGUUCAUCUUUGAAGCCCAAGUGGAGCUUAAAGUACACUUUGAAGAAAUUGGGCUGAUUGUGAAUAUUUUCCGCGUUUAUUCAUGUUUCACUGCUAAUAGAUUCGGAAGAAGGAUCAAAUAACAAAACAUACGAAACCUAUCGUUUGGAAGUGUACUGCUGAGAAAAUGUCCCUGUUUCUUGUGAACAGGUAAGAGGAUUUUUGUACUGUCUAGUGUCUUGCUUACAAUUUUCUCAUCUUGUCACAUAACAGCAAGCUCUGCUAGAAUCAAAAUCUGAAUCUGACAAGGAUUUUUACAUGUAUGUAUUCUCAUAUUGCUGUAAAAUACUCAACAGGGUAAUAAUAAGUGAUACAUUUUACAAUUGAUAGGAGAACUUGGCAGGAAAAUAGUCAAAAUAGGCUUGAAAGUCUGCACAAAAACUUUUGCAAACCAGUUUUAAAAAAUAAAAAAUGUGGGACACUGUGCGAGUUUUGUUACGAAGACUUUCCUACUACAGAGCCAUGCUGUUGUAUUACAUGCAGAAUAUGGUUUGUAAUUGUCUUGCUGAAAUAUGAAGGUCUUCCCCAAAAAAGUCGAUAUGUGGGUGGCAGCAUAUGUUGCUCCAAAACCUGUAUGUAUUGUUCAGUAUUAAUGGAAGCCUUCACAGAUGUGUAAGCUACCCAUGCCAUGGACAAUUAUGAUCCCUAGGCCACCAGGGAUGCUGAUAGGGCUGGGCAAUAAAACAAUAAUGAUAUAUAUCAAAAACUGAUUUCCCUUGAUAUCGAUAUGAAACAUGGUCGAUAUGCUUUUCGAUAGUCUGCGUUCUGUCAGGUUUUGGUAGACUAUAUGAAUAGCCAAUGAAAAGGGGAGUUGCUAUGGGUCUGUACUGCACUGAACCGAGCAUUCAGUCCACUUUCUCUAGCACAACGCCUCACGACAAAACGUCGAAGAGACGCAAAGACCUCAGAUACAGUAGCUUACUGUAUUGCAAAAGACAUGUUACGGUACCAAUAAGGACCGUUAAAUUUCGUUUAAGAGUAACAGGGAACAUUUAAGUUUGACAAGUGAUUUUUUUUUAAUAUCGUGAUAUAUAUCGAUAUCGACUGAUAUGAAAUUUAUAUAUAAUGAUAAACUUUUUCUCAUAUCGCCCAGCCCUAGAUGCUGACUAGGAAUUUUGUGCAGAUAACAAACAUGGUGGUCCCUCUCUUCUUAGGCCAGAGGAAAUGAUUUCAAUGACUUCCAAAAUGAAAGUCAAAUGUCAAAUUUUGAUUGAUCAGACCUAAGGACAUUUUCCCUCUUCACCUCAGCCAAUCUUAGGUCCAGAGAAGUUGCUCUUGUGCCUGGAUUAUGUCAUAUGAGGUUUCCUCUUUGCAUAGUUCAGUUUUCCCCUGCAGUUUUGGAUGCAGCGACAAACUUCCUUCACAGAUUAUGGUUUUUGGAAAUGACUUUACUUCAGUGCAGUGAACAUUGCUGUGCUGAAACUGUAGAAAAAAAACGGACUAAAUCUAUUUUCUGUCAUGUGGUUCAUAGGUAUCUUGGAGAAGAGGAAGAUGGCAGCGUUUCAAAGGAGUCUCGCUCUGAGGCACUCUUGGCCAAACUGAAGCAAAAAGCAAAAGAAAAGCAGAAACAGAGUUUCACAGAACAGAAACAUGAACCUGAGGAACAAACACAACAGCAGGAUGUCAAAAAGAAAAGAAAAGCAGACAAGGAGGACAGCAAAGAGCCUCAACAUCCCAAAAAGAGGAAAUCAGAUGUAGGAAAUGUGUCUGUUUCUGACUCUGAUAACCAGGAUGAGCCUGUGGAAGAGACAAAGGAGAAGAAGAAGAAGAAGAAGAAAAAAGGUGGAAAUGAAAAACAGAAGAAGAAAAAGCCGAUGGAAGGUCAGUUGAGAGUGUGCUUGCAUUUGAACGGCUGAACCCUUCUGUAUAAUGUUUGUAUCACAUCAGCCCAACAAGAAUAUCUGAGAUGAUUCAGUUUGUCUGUCUCUGGAUUUUUAGGAAGUUCCGUUGAAGGUGUGGACACUCCUGGAACAGAGAAAGAAGAACAGGAGGACACAGACGGAGAAAAAAAGGAGGCAGAGAGCGAAAAUCAGACACAAAAACAAACUCCUGCUUCAACUGGAUUCAAAGUUCUGGGAGGAUUUGAGAACAAACCUGUCCAAAAGGUAGCGAGACCUGCUUCUAAUGCUAAAUCUAAAUCACUGGAUACAGAUAAAUACCUACAGAUUGUAUAUUUCAAUGUUCACAGGUGCACAGAGUCCUGCCUCAGUGGCUCGCUCAGCCUGAUGUCAUUCACAGAGACAUUAAAAGCAAUCUGGUCCCCAUCUGUGACGUCCAAGGACUGUCCGCUCAGCUCGGGAAAAAACUGCAAAAUAAUGGAAUCCAGCAUCUGUUUCCAGGUAAAAAAAAACAGUCUCUACUUCUUUGUGUCAUCUGCUGCAGGUUAACAGAGGCCAUACUGUAGUUUAUUUGUUUGUUAUGGUGAAAUCAGUCUUCAUUUCAUGUAUUUCUGGAGUCUUUCUUUAAACAAGGAGGUUGUUUUGGGGAUGUUUAUGACUGGAAAUAUUGAUCUAUUGAGGAUACUACUGAGAUGAUUGUCUCACAGUGCAAGCAGAAGUCAUCCCGGCCAUCUUGGAGAGCGCGCAGACGGGGUUUCUGAUCGGUCGAGGAGGCUACAAGCCCAGAGAUAUCUGCGUGUCUGCACCAACAGGCAGUGGCAAGACUCUGGCGUUCGUCAUACCCGUCAUACAGGUGAGCUGCAGGACCUGCGUACAGUGUGUGUUCUGUGUAGAGCAGCAGAACCUUGAUGGACUAACUGGAUUUGCUCUCAGGUGCUGAUGGAGCGGGUGGUGUGUGAGGUUCGAGCUUUGGCUGUGUUGCCGACCAAAGAGCUGGCUCAACAGGUCAGAAACUUUGAAGAUCAAUAUAUUCUUUUAUUUCUAAAUCUCUAUUUUUUAUUUCUAAAUCUCUAUUUAUAGACGGUGUUAUAGGUUCUGUUUGCACCUCUCUGUAGUCUGAGUUUCAGAAUAAUUACCUUAUGUUUGCAAAAUUAUGUUUUUAUCUUUACCGUCCAGAUUUGACAUAAUAGUUCCUAAUGUCAAAUUAGUUUAACCCAAAUCAAAGUUUUAAACUAUAAUCUUGUCAUAGUGACUCUUCAGAUUUACUGAGCUUCUGUUUUUGCCACGCAGGUUUGUAAAGUGUUCACAUCGUACGCUGAGGGGACCGGCCUAAAGGUGGUGAUGCUGGCCGGUCAGAAGGCGUUUGCAGCAGAGCAGGCGUCACUUGCAGAGCUCAGGUGAGUUCCCAAAACAUCAUACAGUAGAUUUAUAAACCAGUGAAAAAUAACAGUAACUUUUAGCAGGUGACCCUUUCUUCAAUUUUGCUCUGAUUUUCUUGCAGAGGCGGUACCAGACGCAGUUUAGCAGACAUUAUUGUGGCCACCCCGGGUCGACUGGUUGAUCACAUUAACAAGAAUUCAGGCCUUAAUCUGGAACAUCUCCGAUUCUUGGUGAGAUCUUUAACCUUAAAUAACUUUGUUAAAACAGCAAAGUAAACAGGGUUACAAAAAAAGUGCUGUCUCUGUCAUUUCAGAUUAUCGACGAGGCUGACAGGAUGAUUGAUAGCAUGCAUCAGUCGUGGCUCAGUCAGGUGGUGAAGGCUGUGUUCAGAUCAGGGAGUGGAGCGGAGGCUGCAGCCAUUUUUAAACGAGCCGAGCCGGCACAUGUCACAGCAGCCAGGUGAGACUGUGUUUACACCUAAAGGGGGAAAAACCACCCAAGAGUUUGUUUUUUCCUUAUCGUGUGUCCCACACAUGGGGUCUGUUUGAAUAGUUCUCGUUGGUCAAGGUUCCUAACUUGGUAUUUGAGUGUUGAUCUGUGUUAAUUCUUCAAAUGAUGAGAAAAGGAGCUUCUUUGCUGAUGUGACAUUGAUCACAGAGUUUCACCACUUCUGUGUCUGCAUAACUUAACCUCGUUAAAACAGGGUGACCAUAUGUCCUCUUUUCCCCGGACAUGUCCUCUUUUUGGGGGGCUGUCUGGGCUUGUCCAGCUUUGUCCGCGGAAGUUUAUAAAAUCCUUCAAAUGUCUGUGGUUUUGUACGAGAGUCUCGAGUCUGUGUCGCGUGAACUUACUGAGUUAGAAGUGCAUAAAAGACACUUGAUCCGACACGAAAAACUCUCAAAAUUAACUUUGUGCGACUCCGUGACUCCGCCCCUGCAUAGUCAUGUCCUCUUUUUGGGAAGUCAGAAUAUGGUCACCUUAGUUAAAAUGCGCUGCACUUUUCGUAGUCCAUCUACUGUAGAAUUUAGACAGCUGAGUCUAUCAUCAGGUCUUCUAUUGCUGCAUUUGACCCAGACGGUCCUGUCCUCUCAGUCUGUCUCCUCCUCAGAUGCCGCUGCAGAAGCUCCUGUUUUCAGCCACACUCACACAGAACCCAGAGAAGCUGCAGCAGCUCGGCCUCCACCAGCCCCGACUCUUCAGCUCCAUCCACGGCCAGACCAGCUCCACGCCAGCUGCCCCCACUCAGAAACAAGACCGAUUCGACUUCCCCCAGGGUCUGACAGUAAGAGAGGACCUCUAACUUUAAAAUCAUGCGGCAGAUAAGAUCUGUGUGGUCUUUUUAAGCCUGCGCUUUCUCUGUGUUUGCAGGAGUAUUAUGUUCCCUGUACGCUGAGCAAGAAGCCGCUCCUCAUCCUCCACUUCAUCCUGCGUCUAAAGCUCAGCCCCAUCCUCUGCUUCACCAACUCCAGAGAGACCGCACACAGGUCAGUCACACAGACACCAUCAAACCCAUCUUCUCCGCUCUAAGCUGUGGAUACCCUCAGCCUGGUCUGACUGUAUUUCCUCCCUCCUCAGACUUUUCCUGCUCAUGCAGCUCUUCGGUGGAGUCCAGGCAGCUGAGUUUUCCUCUCGGCUCUCUCCUGGUGAGAGGAAGAAGACGCUGAAGGAGUUCGAACAGGGAAAGAUCCAACUGUGAGUGUGUUUGUGCAGAGUAUCUGAUGACUUCUGAUACAAACUGAUUUUAAACUUUGGUGUCCUCCUGCAGGUUGAUCAGCACAGACGCAGCCGCCAGAGGCAUCGACAUCAACGGGGUCAAAUGUGUCGUGAAUUAUGACGCACCACAGUACAUCAGGACCUACAUUCACAGGUCAGCUGGUCUUUUUAUUGUUUAAUGUUUCUCUUUUAUCUUGCACUGUGUACAGUUCUACCUUUUAUAGUUUUAUUGUACUGCUACAAUGAAAAUAAAGAGCUUUCUGUUCUAUUAUAUUCAAUGCUUCAUACUUUCCAUUGUACUGAAUAAUGACCGAGAUGUGUUUUGCAGGAUCGGAAGAACAGCUCGAGCAGGGAAAGCAGGCCUGGCCUUCACCUUUUUGCUCGGAGUUCAGGUAAAUGUUAUCAAAUUAGUUUUUAAUCCUGGUUUGCCAGAUUUGAGAACAUUUAUGUAGAAGUAGCAACUUCUUUUUGCCAGUGGGUAGCAAUGUUUGUAAAAACUAAAUAGUAAACAAAACCCUUUAAGUUUGUGUUUAAGUUUGAGCAAGUUUGUGCAGUUCCACUUAUGUGGGACUGAGUUGGAAUAGUUGAAAGUUUUAUGGUGAGGAUUAUAUUGAAAUCAUAAAUCUGUGCUGACAACGCCCACUGAUGAAAACUCACAAUUUUGGGCACAAAUGAAGACCAACAGCUCAAAGUCAUCCUAAGCAAAAAUGAUGCAAAUGUGUUCAAUGGUCUUAGAGUUUCAACUUGUGGAAUUAAGCGUAAUAUUUCUUGCCGCAUCUAGGGGGUGCUAUGACUGAGAUUAAAUAUUUCCAUAUGGAUUUGUUAGGACUUGGACUCUCGUUAAGUGUGGUGCAUCUGGGUCAGAUCAGAGCAGAGCACACAGAGUGAUGAGGCUAAAAUCUUUGAGCAUGUUCUAAUCUUCAAUGUAUCCAAACAAAUUUGGAGUUGAUUAGAUAAAACUCCUAUUUUACAAUAUAUUUUUUUAAGGAAACCCAUAAAAUAUCUUUUUUUUACUAGUUAAAAACCCAAAACUUGCAAUUCAUAGUUGCCAAGGAAGUGAACCAAGCAAAAACAAGACUUUGAGACAGACACAUAAGAAGUAAGCAAUAAGUAAAAACAGAGAUAAAUAUAUGUUCAAUUCUUCUUCUGUGCAGGAGAAAAACUUCCUCCUGAUGGUUCAGGAAGCAGGGAGUCCUGGGAUUCAGAGGCAGAUUGUCAAACCGGAGAACUUGAAGAGUAUGGAAGCCCGAUAUGAACAAACACUGCAAGAGCUCGCUGACGUUAUCAAGGUACCUUCUAAUUACAAUAUUUAUUACAGUUAUUUUCAAUACUGAGACUCUUGAAGGAAACAAAGUCUUCCUAAACCAAAUGGAUAUGGAGAUUUAUCAACAUUGUUGUGGGGUUUUUACCAAUCAGAAUCAAUUAUUUAGCAUAAUAAAGCUAUUGGGGAGAAAGACAGAAAAUAUUAACAAUAUUUUGAGCAUUGGCUAAAAUGCGUUUACACAUACUUUCAAGCUCAAAUGCAUACCACACCUCAAAGCAGCAAUCUUACCUGAAAGCUUUGGUGUUUAAAAAUCUACUUAAACUUUGUACUUAAACUCAGUUUCUUUUUUUCUCUUUUUGCAGGAAGAGAAAGCUAAAUAAAGGAGAAGCUGACCCUCUGUGAGCUUACAUCUGUGCCUUCCGAAGAUCAUUCUGAUUUUCUGCUGAGUUUGAAGUUUUUUAUGUUGUUUAAUAAAUCAUAAAAAAAGCCUG